AUGCUGUCCUUCUGGGAUGUGGCCAUCGAGUUCCUUCCAGAAGAGAGGGAAUGUCUGGAGCCUGCUCAGUGGAAUCUGUACAGGGAUGUGAUGCUGGAGAAUUACAGCCAUCUUGAAUUCCUGGGUCUUGCUGUCUCUAAGCCACACCUGGUGACAUUUCUGGAGCAAAGACCAGAGCCUUCAGAUGGGGAGAGACAAGCAGCAGCCACUGUGCACCUAGGAACAACACCCAAUGGUUGUAACAUUUGCAACAAGGCUACUGUUUGUAACUCACUACGUAUUCAACGCCAGAGAAUUCAUAGAAGGGAGAAACGGUACAAGUGUGAAGAAUGUGGUAAGGGCCUUAGUUCUCACAGAACUCUUUCCAUGCACCAGAGACUUCACACGGGAGGAAAACCCUACACGUGUGAAGAAUGUCACAAGGCCUUCAAUACUCGCUCAUCACUUUUUAUACACCAGAAAGAUCAUACUGAUGAAAAAACCUACAAGUGUGGAGAUUGUGGCAGAUCAUUUUAUUAUGCUUCAAUGAUGAAACAACAUCAAAGGAUUCAUGGGGAGAAACCCUACAAGUGUGAAGAAUGCGGCAAAUCCUUUUCCUCAUUUCUAUACUUUAAACAACAUCAAGCAACUCACUCCAAAGACAGCCCCAACAAGUGUGAUGAGUGUGGCAAAACAUUAUCCUCUAAGGGAGCACUGAAGAGACAUCAAAUGCUUCAUUCUAGAGAGAAACCUACAAGUAGAUCAUACAAAUGUGAAGUAUGUCAGAAACCCUUUCCUUAUCGCUCAUCCCUUCUGAGACACAAGACAGUUCAUACUGGAGAGAAACCCUACAAGUGUGAAGGGUGUGGCAGAGGUUUUUACUCCUCUUCAUCCCUUCAGAGACAUAAAAAAAUUCACUCUAAGACAGUUUCUCCAGUUCCUACAUAA